UACAUAUCAGUCUUCACUCCGUGGAGAGAACUAAAGAAGUCGUCAGCUCGAGAAAUGCCUCCGAAAUCGGAAACCCUAGGCUCUUCCGGCACCGGCGCCACCGCGGAUCACGCCGGCGACUUCUCCAUCGAUCCAAUUUUCCACCUGCUCAGGAUCCUCCCGUACUCCUUCCUCCGGCCGCCUCGUCUCCGCCUGAAGCUCCCCUCACUGACUCUCCCCUCCGCCAUGACCGUCUACAGCCUCAUCCUCCUCACCUACUUCAUGGUCGUCUCCGGGAUCGUCUACGACGUCAUUGUCGAGCCUCCCGGCAUCGGAUCCACGCAGGACCGUUUCACCGGGGCGGUUCGACCCGUCGUCUUCAUGCCGGGUCGGGUCAACGGGCAGUACAUCAUUGAAGGGCUCUCGUCUGGAUUCAUGUUCGUCCUGGGUGGAAUUGGGAUCGUGCUUCUCGACCUAGCACUGGAUCGCAACCGUGCUAAAAGUGUAAGGAUCUCCUUCGCAUCCGCGGGAGUUGCUUCUGUUGUCAUUGCUUACGUCAUGAGUAUGCUUUUCGUUCGCAUUAAGAUCCCAGCUUAUCUUCGCUGACGCUGUACUUGUUUUGCUUCCUCUUUUAAUUUUUUAAAAAUGAGUUUUAUGAAAUAUGAAACGACUUCAGUGUUUUUGUUUUAAUAUGAUAACUGAUAGCUGUUGCUAGAGGAAAAUGAAAUACAGUAUUUGAUGUCUUUUGGAUUCUAUUAAUAAUGCAUUUCUUAGAUUUAUGGGA